AUGGCGUCGCUCAGCUGCUGUACCGCCCUCUGCUGCGUUACCUGUUUGGAGAAGCCCAAACACCGCUGCCCCGCCUGCCGCGUGCCGCACUGCUCCUUGCCCCGCUUUCGGAAGCACAAAGAGCAGUGCAAGCGGGAGUCUGCAGCACUGAGGCGCUUAAUGCUCAACCCGCACCUUAGACAGUUGAUGGUUGACCUCAAUCAGGUGGACGACAAGGCCAAGCUUAUGCAGGCUGCAUGCAGGAACCCGUUUGUGGAGUUUGUGGACUGCUGCUUGAGUAUCGUGGAGCCGUCUCGGAACGCGGAUCCUUAA